AUGUCUCCUCUGUACACCAAGUCUUGGGCUCCAGCUCACAAGGAGAUCAUCGACAUCGGUGGAUCGACUCUCGAUACCACUUUUGACUCUCAGCUACCCAGCGCCUUCAAGGGAGAGGGCUACUUCCCAAAGGAGGUUGCAUACACUACCGGCAUGCACCAUUGGUGCCAGAUUGCCGACACCUCGUACCAGACGACAGAUGAGCUCAACAUCAUCAAGUCUACUGCUUCCGACGUGGUUAAAGACAUGCCAGCUACCGGUGCUGUAAUCAUCGACCUUGGAGCCGCUAACUCCCGAAAGUUCGUUCCCUAUGUCCAGGCUUUCAUCGAGCAGGGCAAGCCUUGCAUCUACAUCGCUCUGGAUCUCUGUAAGGAGUCUCUGACCAACCACGUCAACAAGUCCGCCGCCGACUUCCCUCAAAUCACCUGCAUUGGCUUGUGGGGUAACUUCAUCCAGGGUGACAAGUACUUCGCUACUCUCCCCAACCCACGCAUCUUCUUGUCGCUCGGUUCAAUCUUCUUCAAUGCUCCAGACCAGAUGUGUGUUGACCGAUGCAAUGAGUUCUCGAAGCAUCUCUCUGGAUCUCCCCACUCAAAGUUGAUCGUCGGCCAGGAUGGUCCCUCCGGCACUGAAGCCUCGUCCACUCAUGCUGCGUACCAAACCAAGGCAUACGAUGCAUUCUUCACUUCCUACCUUCAAGGUAUUCAGAACCACGCCGAUAUCGAUGCCAACCCUCGCAUCGCUUGGACCUAUGAAUCCAAGCUCGACAACUCCAUGCACUACUUCAAAGUAGUCGCUCAGCACGAUAUGAUUUGUCACCGCUAUGCGGACUUCUUCAUUCAGAAGGGCACGGUUUAUACCAUGUUUCCCUCUUGGAAGCGUGGAGAGGCCGAGAUCCAUGAGAUCACCAAGGGUCAGGACCUGAACAUCAAGACUCUGGGCAAGGCUCCCAACUCGGGCAUGCGCCAGUACCUGAUCCAGCCUCGUAUGUAA